AUGGCUUCCAUGACUAUGGCAGCCUCCUUCCUCACUGGCUCAGCCUCAACCAUCACCAAACCUUCUACAGCUCGCAGGAGUCUCAUUGUGGCCAAGGCUUCAAGUGCCCCAGAAGGAGAGAAGGGCAGCUUGGAAAUGAAGAAGAGCAGCAGCAGCAGCAGUGGGAGGAGGGAUCUGAUGUUUGCUGCUGCAGCUGCGGCUGCAUGCUCCAUAGCCAAGGCUGCCAUGGCCGAUGAGCCAAAGCGUGGGACAAAAGAAGCCAAGGAGAAGUAUGCUCCUGUUUGUGUCACGAUGCCUACUGCUCGUAUCUGCCGCAACUGA